GUCGUCGAACUCCAGCAAAUAUGAGGAUGGGAAGAUAACGGCCCACACUGAACAGGAUGACUAAAUUAUUAUCAAUUUGUGUCUCUUUAUGAUGCAUUCUGAGAAAAUAAAACCCGAAGAAGAAACCCUGGACCGCAAGGAACAAAAGGAUCGCAUGUGGCUUUUGGACAUGUCCAACCAUUCAUCAGAUCAUCUUGGUUUAUGAGAAGGGAUGGUUACUGAGUCUAUUCUUAUAAUUUAUGUAAAUAACUGGAUCAGAAAUCUCCAUGGAGGAAUUACAGGAGACUUCUACAGUGUGUGUGCGCGCGCAGGGAUGCCGUAGCUCCACAUGAGCCGUGAUAGACUGGAGUACUUUUAUGGAAAUUGCUUGGAAAUUUCAGCUCAGCUGAAAGAAAUCCGGGCAGCAAUAAUCCCACAGAACCACACACACAUAGAAGCCAGCGCCGGCGAUCUGUGUGUCUCUGCAAUAAGUGGCUGAUAAAAAGCAAUAAAUUCUCUAGAAUAAAUACAGUCAUCCGGUUGUGCGCUAUGGGCGACGAGGCGUCAAACUUCAGGGACAGCAGCAUGACCGGUGUCUCACCACCAAAAGCCAGGACUGGUGAGGAUCACGGCAGAGCGGGGAUUCUGGGCUAAACUAACACCGAUUACCACAGAAAACAAUGCGAUUAAAAUUUUUGGAUAACUUAUAAGAUUUUCACUGUGACAGUUUUUGAUGUUAUUCAGAAAACAGGAUUCAGAUCUGUGCUGUGCUGGACUUGGUCACUUUGAUUUGUUCGCUCAGAGAUCAAGUGGCGGAGAGGGACAUGAGACGUUUUGUGCUUGAAAUAAAUGAAUACAGCCAUAGCAUUUAAUCAAUAAGUAAAGAGGGGGAUCUUUAUUUUUUAUUAUUUUUUGCACUAUGAUGGAACCACCACCAUGCUCGAAGAAGAGCCUGUCACUGUCGCUCCCGGUUCCCCGGGAAGGACAGGCGACUCUGAAGCCUCCGCAGCAUCUGUGGAGGCAACCCCGGACCCCGAUCAAAAUCAAACACCGGGGCUACUCCGACACCGAUCGGCAUCACCACCGGCACAUGGAGCGCUCCGAUGCCGUGGAUACGAGCGACAGACCAGGGCUCAAAAAGUCUCGGAUGUCCUGGCCAUCCUCCUUCCACGGGACCACAAACACAUCCAUUGGAAAUUGUGUCGGGAAUAAACGCUUCGAUUCAGAGAAUGGUCCCUCACCAGGCCGCAGUCCCAUGGAUUCGCAGGCGAGUCCUGGGUUGGUGCUCCACCCUUCUUUCCCCCAGAGCCAGCGCAGGGAGUCCUUCCUCUACCGCUCUGAUUCCGACUACGACACAUCGCCCAAAACCAUGUCACGCAACUCCUCCAUCAACAGUGAGGGGCACGCCGAAGACAUGAUCGUCACCCCUUUUGCUCAGGUGUUGGCCAGCCUACGAACCGUAAGAAGCAACUUCACCAUCCUCGCCAAUGUCACAACACCCACUAACAAGAGGUCACCAGUGACAAGCCAACCCACUGUUCCCCAAGCUACACUCUCGGAGGAGACCUACCAGCAGAUGGCUCGGGAGACUCUGGAGGAACUGGACUGGUGUCUGGAUCAGCUGGAGACCAUACAGACGCACCGCUCAGUCAGCGAGAUGGCCUCAAAUAAGUUUAAGAGGAUGCUGAACCGGGAGCUGUCCCAUUUGUCAGAGAUGAGUCGCUCAGGGAACCAGGUGUCAGAAUACAUCUCCACUACCUUUCUAGACAAGCAGAACGAGGUGGAGAUCCCAUCUCCGACUUUGAGGGAGCGAGAGAAGCCAAUGUGUCACAUCAGUGGUGUGAAGAAGCUCACGCACAGUUCCAGCCUUUCCAACUCCACCAUGCCUCGCUUCGGCGUGAAGACUGAACACGAGGAUUCAUUAGCCAGGGAGCUGAACGACUUGAAUAAGUGGGGCCUUAAUAUCUUUCGUGUGGCCGAGUUCUCAAAUAAUCGACCCCUCAGCUGCAUAAUGUUUGCCAUCUUCCAGGAAAGAGAUCUACUGAAGACCUUUCGGAUCCCUGUUGACACAUUCAUCACCUAUGUGAUGACCCUGGAGGACCACUACCAUGCCAAUGUGGCCUACCACAAUAGCCUCCACGCUGCAGAUGUCACUCAGUCCACUCAUGUUCUGCUAUCGACACCGGCUCUAGAUGCUGUGUUCACUGAUCUUGAGAUACUCGCUGCGUUAUUUGCUGCUGCCAUCCAUGACGUGGACCAUCCUGGAGUGUCUAACCAGUUCCUCAUAAACACAAACUCGGAGCUUGCUCUGAUGUAUAACGAUGAGUCGGUUUUGGAGAAUCAUCACUUAGCUGUGGGCUUCAAGCUGCUCCACGAGGACAACUGUGACAUCUUCCAGAACCUCAGCAAGAGGCAAAGACAGAGUCUAAGAAAGCUUGUCAUUGAUAUGGUUUUGGCAACAGAUAUGUCUAAACACAUGAGUUUACUAGCAGACCUCAAGACUAUGGUGGAAACCAAGAAAGUGACAAGUUCUGGAGUACUGCUGCUUGACCAUUACACUGAUCGUAUACAGGUGUUGAGGAACAUGGUGCACUGUGCUGACCUGAGCAAUCCUACAAAACCCCUGGCUGUGUAUCGACAGUGGACGGAGAGAAUCAUGGAGGAGUUCUUCAGGCAGGGAGAUAAGGAGAGGGAGCGAGGGAUGGAGAUCAGUCCCAUGUGUGAUAAACACACUGCAUCUGUGGAAAAGAGCCAGGUGGGCUUCAUUGACUACAUUGUCCACCCACUGUGGGAGACGUGGGGGGACCUUGUGCAUCCUGAUGCCCAGGACAUCUUGGACACGCUAGAGGACAACAGGGACUGGUACCAGAGCACUAUUCCACAGAGCCCCUCCCCUCCUCCUGUGGGCAAGGAUAAGGAGCUAAUUGACAAGUUUCAGUUUGAGCUCACCCUCGAAGAUAGCUCUCCGAGAGAGCAGGAAGACGAGGGUGACAAGCCAACACUGAAUCACGUGGCACAAGACUGCAGUCCAGGGGACGAGGAGGAGGAAGAAGAGGGUAAAAAAGAGGAAGAAGAAGACACAAUGGCAGAGGAGGAAAACGAGGAUAUAAUAGAAGAGGAGGAUGAGGUGGCAAUGGAGGAAGAGGAGGUGGAGGAGGAGCAGGAAGAGCAGGAGGAGGAGCUAAAAACUGGGUUGGAGGUGAGAUUUGAAAAGGAGAGACUUUCUGACACAAGUCCUGUAGAGGAAGAGGAAGAUUCUUCUUCUCAAGCUGAAGAUACAUGAGUUCUGCUUCUGUAUCUCCCUCUUCACUUGCACACAUUAUCUUGUUCAUCUUUUCAAUGGCCAAACCAAGAACAAAUAAGACUGCAAAGACAAUGCAGACCUUUAAAUAUAUUUUUCAAAAAGGGAAUAAAUUAAAGUCGCUCAAAGAGAAGGUAAUUACACAGCAACUGUAGAUUUUGAGUGGAGAAAAGUCCUUUGACGGAUUUCACAGUGAACUUUAGACCAAGAAGAAUUUAGGAGAGAAUCAAAGAGGGGCAACUGAAGACAGUGUAGCACUAUGGGAUUGGGAUGCACACACAUAAACACACAUCAAGUGUAACACACAGCGGGGGUAAGUCAUGGAAUACACCAGAACAAUGUGUGUAAGCGAAUGCAUCAGUCAUGCUUUAUUUGGAUCCCUCUGUUUUGCAAAUGCACCAUCAAAAACACACAUACACACUCUCACACACACUUGAUUUCAUGUUUGUAUGUGUGCAUUAACAAGAGGGCGAAUGAUCAUGUAAUGAAUCUCCUUGGAAAAAGCCAUCUCUCAAUGGAGUAUUAACUAGUGUUCAGUCAGUAUUAGUAAUUCAUGUUUGUUAGAACCUCAACAAAAACUGUUCUCCUCAGAAAAGCUUCACAUCCGAGUGACUUUUUUUUUUUCCAUUUCUGUCGGAAAGAAAAAUAAGAAUAUCCACAGAGUCAGAGGAGGAGUUGGAAACAUUUCGAAGGAUGAUGCGAUGAGGGGGGCCGCUUGGUCCCACACCCCUUUUCCCUUUACAAGGAGAGUGCUACUGGUGCAAGAUGGCUCUGUGCCUUUCUGAAACACCAGCUUCUUGAAUGGAGCUGUAAUGAAGCAAUGCAUUGUGGGACGGGAGUGUCUGAUUUUGUUAUCAUUUUUGAUUGUCUCUUGUUAAUGAUCUCUUUGCUGUCCAUGAUAUUGUGGUGUGUAUUUCACACGUACAGUUUCUGUGGUGACAUGUUUUAAGCUGUAAGUCUUCCUUUGUUGCUCUUCUGGUAAUAUAAUAACUCAGAACUCUAGAUGCAGAGCAAUCACUACCCGCCAACACAACCACCAGUGGACUCUUUUUCAGCUCAUGUUCUUUCUUAUUAGAAUGAUUUUUUAAACUUUCAGAGAAUAAGCCAUGUGAUGCUUUGAAGCAUAUUUUUGCCUAUUUUCUAUUAGCUAAAUAUGUUGAAGUGAUACUGAUUUAUUUCAUCAGCAGAACAAAUUCUCACCCACCAUUUCACACCUCCUUGCACUGUGUGUUUAUGUCUCCUCAUACACAACAAUUCUCACCAAAGUUAAGGAUGAGAAACUAAAAGUUUGACGGUGAUUUGAAGGAAAAUAAGAAUAUCAGGGAGGCAGAAUGUCAGGGGAUAGAAAUGAGACUUGGCCAAAAGGUGGUCUGGCAGUCCCUAAUCAUCCUUGUUAUGUUUGAUGCUUUUUUGCCUUAAUGUGAGAUGCAGGAAACAUACCUGCCAGUAUGUAGAUUUAUAAGAUAUAUAAUAGAUACCCUAGUAUAUUUAUAUCACAUCCGUAUGCUUAUUUCUGUGAGUAUCAGUGCGUCUGUACACAAUGUAUCCAGCAUUGCAUUUGGAGGAGAAAUGGAAACAUUGCAACCAAUAAGUUAAGUUGCUUUGCUGAGACCAACAUAAAGAAUGUGUUGUUUUUUAAUCAUGGCGGUAAAAUGACUAUCUUACAGCUACUUGGAGGCAUGCAAAGGAAACAGAAAGUGAGUUUAGUUUGCUGAAGUUGAGAAGGAAUAAGGGUGUCCUCUGUUUAUGACCAGACAGUGACUUAUUGACAAGAUGGAGUUGAUUCGUGUAUGUUUUUGUUUGCCUGUCGGCUUACUGAGCAUCCCUGAGUAAAGGAAUGAAUAACCAAAAGAAGUGAGAGAGAACAGGAUGCUAAAGAUGUUAUCAUUUGUGUCAUUGUUCCCUCAUUGGCAUCCCCGCAUUUUGUUGAAUGGUGUUCAGGAUUUGAUUAGCACAGCUUCAACAGGUCACAGUUUGUUUAGGUGUUUGUUUUUUACAGGGUAAAAAAAAAUAAUGAAUAAAAAAAAACAUGGGUGUGGUUGUUUUGAAGGUAAGAGCAAGUUUCUGCAGGUCAGUAACUGGGUUUAUCUGAAAACACCACAGCUCGGUGCACCAGAAGCCUGUGUGUUUGACCUGCUCCAUUGCAGGAUGGAGCAGAGCUGUGAGGCCACCACACAGGCUUUUAUAUCGGUAAUGGGAAUCCAGGACUACUAUUGCAGUUACUUAGAUAAAAGAUUCCCAUAUGCAUCGGCCUUUUUCUUUGAUGAUGUUGCUUUGUUUUUGUGGCUUCUUGUAAUAUCAUAAGCUAUAAAAACAUUACUAAUUAAUUGCCAUACAAACACAAUACUGUAGCAAUUGUUUCUUAAUAAGAAAAUUAUUCAACUGAUUGAUUGCUGCCAUUGUUUUUAAAUGAUUAAAAGAAAACCAUGGUAAGUGUUUUCUUUGAACAGUUUGUGGACAGUUUAUUUUUAUAUCAUUCUGGUGGAUGGUCUGGAAAAUAAAUCAAGUAUUGAUAUAGCUAUAAGCAUUACCACUGUUGUACAUAAUGUAAUAUUGGAUUGUAAAUUAUAAAUUUAUCCAAGUAAAAAUUAUUUGACAAAUAAUCACUUAAGGUUGUUCAGUGAACCACAAAGCACUGCAGGCCACAACCCCCACUUCUUCUUCUCUGAUUCUGUUUUUAAGCACUUGUGCUUAAAUACUGUCACUAUUUUAAGUGUCACCUUUAUUUUUUAGAUCAGAUAUAUUUGUACCAGCACUUUAUUUCAUCAGGUUUUGUGGCAAACAGUGAUUUUUCAGGUAGUGUGCAGAUCUUGCUGGUGGUUUGGUCAUUGGUAGUUACCAGUUGAUUACAUUUCAUUCGGCCAAUGUCUUUUCUACAGGAACAAACAAAAAUAAACAUCCUCAAUUAAUAGUCCAUGUGAGAUUAAACUUAUUUGACUGAUAUGGUCAAAUUUAAACUAAUGAAGACACAUAAGAUGUGGCAGGUUCAAAGGAAAUUUAUGUGUCCUUAUCCAUCAUGGCCAUUUCUGGUACUAUCGCCACUUAUUUUUCUUAGUAACUUUUAUUCAUUAGCCUGAUAGCCUAAAUGUCCGUCCAGUGGUGACCAAAUUAGCUGGUUACCAUCAGGUUGCAGUCAAGUUAUUUUGUCGCAGACUGAUUCCCUCUGUGAAUAACUCUCUGGGCUUUAAUACAUGUGUUUGUUCACAAUUAAGAAAGAUUAUACAAGGGGAAAAAAAACAAAAUGAAAUGAUUGUAAUAUUUGUAAAUGAUCUUGCUGUAAUGUGUAAAAUGUGUCCAAGUUAUUUUUUAUUAUAUUAUUUUUAUGAAAGUUUUUCCUCUUAACAGAGCUGAGGUAUCAUUUUGUGAAUAAAUGCAUUUAAUAAGCAAACAUCUAUAUAUAAAACAAUAUUAUAGUAUAUCGGUAUAUUUUUCUUUCAUUUCACUGUUCGGUACUGUAAAGUGUGUUAAAAAUACAAAUAAAGUAAGAUUUUUAUAUUAAAUACACCAU